GACGUUCAAUACACUUAUAUCUUCCAUUCCAUUACAGCUUGCAACGCAUUUCGAAAGCUUAGAAUAAUUCUCAAAGUCUGAUCUCUGCACUUCCUAUAUAUUUAGAUGGCAACCUCAGCUGCAAUGCAAUCCAUGAUCUUGUCGAGCAAUUUGAGUAUCCGUCUGACAAACAGGCCCAGGGUGAACCAGUUUCUUCCCAAUUCUAAUGAUGUGCUCGGUUUGCCGAGAAACAAUUGCAUGAGGGUGCGCUGCAUGUUUCAGAAAAACGAGGAUCGAUCCUCAUCACCUACACCACAGCCACCCAAGUUCAGUACGAGGUUCUCCGACUUGCUUGCAUUCAGUGGACCGGCACCGGAGAGGAUCAACGGCAGGCUAGCGAUGAUCGGCUUCGUCGCGGCGAUGGCGGUGGAGGUAUAUAGAGGGCAGGAUCUGUUCGCGCAGAUAUCAGACGGUGGGAUCCCAUGGUUUCUAGGAACCAGCAUUUUGCUGUCUUUUGCAUCUCUAAUUCCUCUGUCCAAGGGGGUGAGCGUGGAGUCGAGGUCGGAGGGGUUCAUGACCUCGGAUGCUGAGCUUUUGAAUGGGAGGGCCGUCAUGUUGGGUUUGGUUGCACUUGCCUUUACUGAGUUUGUUAAAGGUGGAACCAUUGUGUAGGCCUAUCUCCGCCAUUAAACUAAUACGUACAAGUGCAACGAUCCCAUGUACUUUUUUCUUUUCUUCUCCUUUUUUAUGGGAUCCCAUGUAAUUCUAAAUAAUUUUUAUAUAAAUAAUAGUUUAUUACUUGUACAAUC